CGACAGCGGAGUAACGUCCUUAAUGUGGAAGUUGAGAUCGAGGUCUGGGUAGGACAACAGGAUGCCACGGACUGCUUUUACCGAUCCUAUUUCGAUCGCAGUGAAUAAAUCGUAGGCCAGGGGAAGCUACUACCAAGUUGAGUUCUUGAAAACGCUUGUGGUGGCAACGGGGACGCGCUAGCGAAAUGCCUACAAUUCUUAGAGCUAAAUGCAUCGUUACAGGUGACGCAGGUGUUGGCAAAAGUUCCAUCUGUCAGGUAUUUCACAGUGAUUCAUCCCAUUUUCCCAAGAAUUACACAAUGACAGUAGGUGUGGAACUGCUUGUGAAACCAGUGAAUAUACCAGAUACACGGGAUCAAGUAGAACUGUUCUUGUACGAUUCAGCUGGCAAAGAUGUUUUUUCUGAGCAAGUGACUAAAUUUUGGGAGCAUCCAAACCUAGUCAUGGUGGUCUAUGAUGUCACCAAUGAAGCAUCAUUCACUAACUGUGUGAGAUGGCUGGAGCGUGUGUACUCUGUGAAGCCAGAUGUCAGUUUGCCAGGAGUUCUGGUGGCAAACAAGACUGACCUUGACCAGCGACGUGUUGUCAGCCCAAAGCAGGGCAAAGAGCUGGCAUUGUCCAAAGGCCUGGGAUACUUUGAGUGUUCUGCGAAAGAGAUGCAAAACAUCGACACACCUUUUUAUUACUUGGCAAACGAGUUUCACAAGUUGUACCAGGAGCGUAUUCAGAUAUUUUCAUCUUUCACCUAAAUCUUAUCUUGGCAUCUAAUGCUCAGAAUUAUUGAAAUCUUCAUAGCCCGUCCAUUAUUUUUUUUGGCCGAUAUGGUUGAUUUUAUUUAUUGUAAAUAUGUUGUUUUGACUACAUUCAGCAAGUGUAAUUAAAAGUAGAUUUUGUUCAAGCAGGAAAGUGGUGGAAGAUUUUUAUCUGCUUGCCAUUACUUUCACCUUUGGUAUUAGCUGCAUAGUACUGACCAUAUGAUGAUUAUAGUUUAUACUGUUAAAAAUCAAAACUAUAAAUUUGGCCAAUGCUUCUCAUGAUGUACACGUGAUUAUAUGAGGGAAGUGACACUACCAAGGGUAAAAUGCUACUGACAGAAAUUAAAAAAGAGAAUCUGACCUUCUUGGUAAUGAACAGAUAGUUUUGUAUGAAGAUCUGAAACUGGAAUCACUAUCUUUUCAGUUUGAGUAACUCAGAGUUUAAGUACAAACAAGCCUUUUGUAAUUUUCUGGUUAAGUUAAAAAUACCCAGUUGGGAACAAUAUGCAGUUCAGAAGCAUAGGGCAGUACUUCACUAUACUACAAAGAUUAUAUAGAGUAGAACGUCUGACAAAUAAAGCAAUAUAAAAAUA